AUCCUCAGUAUUCAAGGGAAUUUUCACAUUCACAGACCUGAAAACUGCUCACCGGUUGGCUUCCAAAUUAUAUUUCUACUGAAAACUAUUCGGUUUUGUAUACUUUGUUAUCCAACUGCUAACACUUUGCAUUGCCGUUCGUCAAAUCAAAUCAAAAUGAACAGACGCGUAAACAACAGAGCAAAGCCGGUGACUGCAAUGCUGCAAAUGCAGGCGGUGCAUCGCGAUGAGACCCAGGUGGUGGACUUGAAGAAGACCUCGUACUUGCCCUAUCUGUUCAACCUGGUCAUGCCGAAGAUGUUCUACCAGAGCCCCAACCGCAUUGUGGUGGCCCGGCUCUAUCUCGAUGUCCAUAAGCACGACAAGCAGGCAGCCGAAUACUUCGAGGGCUUCCAGACGCCCUGCUUCGAGGUGCCGGCUUCCCUGUUCCCGGGCGCGGCUCCGCUGGACAAGAUCGUCUUCUUGCCCACGGUGAUGUUGCCCAUGGGCUUUGAAGCCGGAGGGGUUUUUGGCCCAGGUGUCCUUCCACGGCGUUCCUAUCCCAUCGACCUGAUGUCCUCGGUUCCCAAGGAUCACAAGGGUCCAACGCCGCCGCUGUUCAUCGGUCUGCGCAGCCUGUAUGUCAAGCUGCCUUCGGAGGUCGAGAGUUUCCUGGACAACGUGGGCGAGUUCCCGGCCAGCCAGGACGCAGUGGUCUAUGGGAUGCAUCCCUACAAUACCCUUUUCCCAAAGGAACACCCCCUGGAGUUAAUGCUUCGCCCUGACUUCACCUUGUCGAUGGUCUACAACAUUCCGGCUCCGCCGAGUCCACCGUCGCCUUAUCCAUAUCACCAUGACCCGGUGCAGUACAACAUAUACACCCCGGAUCUGUCCAAUGUCCUGAUGCUCAUGCCGCACCAGCGCAACCUAACGGUGGCCAUGCUGUCCACUGUAAACCAUCCGCACGUUCCCUCCGUGGCACUCGCCACCAUGGGCGAUGAGGAGUUCCCCAAGUUCCAGCUGCCCAGCGAUGUCUUCCCCAUCUGUGAGGGCGUCAAUCGCCCCAUCUUUCUGCCCAAGCGUUUCUUGCCCCGGGGAUUCGAAGCCGGCUGCGUCUUCAAGCCGGGCAGUCUUUCGGAGCUGUGGUUCGUCAACUACAUAGGUCGAUUCGGCACUCCACAGCCGCAGCACACCAGUUCCAUCACACCACCGCUGUUCGUGGGCAAGUACAGCCGCGGCAAGGCGGGGGCCGUCAAUAUGCUGAAGGAAAUCCAGCUGGAGUGCGAAAGGAAUGUUUGCCAAGGCGCUGAGUCCCUGGAAGAGGCAUCGCUUGAAGCUGUCGAGCCUAAGACGCCCUACUUUCUCGUUACCCAGGGCUUCGUGGUAAUGGAAACGGAACAGCCGACGCCCCCGAGGGGUGCUUACUGCUUGGAGAGCUACGAGGAGGCCACUGAAAAGGGAUGCAUCGUGAAGGUCAUCGAAACUACUGACACUCAAGAAGAGGAUGAGUUAGAUCCCAUCCAAGUAGAAUCGGAAGUGGAGGAUAGAGGCGAAGACGAGGACGAGGACGAGGACAAGAAGAAAUACCUCUCGUGCUUCAAUGUUGAUAGCGACAUUGAUCUGAUUUCCGAGGCCAUGGCCGAUAUGGGCACCGCCGAGAUGAGUCUGGUGGCCAAGGAGGAGGCACUGCCCGGAGUCGAUGGUGCACGCGCCUUGGAUCAGCUGCGCCAGGUGCUCGAGGAUCGCAGCGAGAUCCGCAGCCACACCGACCAGCUGAUGCAGGAUCACAUCUAUCGCAUGGAUCGCAAUCGCAUGCUGGCUUUGCGCCAGCCGAUUCGCAUGUGCUCCGGAUGCGGCAUGCUGCACUAGAGGCACAGAGGCACUAUCAAAAUGUGUAUAUCUCAAUUUCAACAUAUAUGUACAUUUUGUAAUGAUUUUUUAAUUUUAUUCAGGGUUUUCGGUUUGUCACUCAGAA